GCGGGCGGCCCCGACGCCGAGGACGACGGCGGCGCCCUGUUCUCGCAGUACAGCAGCACGCUGUACGACGUGGCCAUGGAGGCCGUGACGCAGAGCCUGCUGGCCGGCCGGGGCGCCGGCUCCAGGAAGAAGUCGCCGGCCUGGAAGCACUUCUUCAUCUCCCCGCGGGACAGCACCAAGGCCGUGUGCACCUACUGCAUGAAGGAGUUCAGCCGCGGCAAGAACGAGAAGGACCUGAGCACCAGCUGCCUCAUGCGCCACGUGCGGCGCGCGCACCCCACCGUGCUGGCCCCCGAGGGCGGCGGCCCGGCCCUGCCCUCCCUCUCCCCGCCCGCGCUGCUGCUCCCCGCGCCGCCGGCCGCCGACGCGGGCGCCCUGAGCCCGGUGCUCUGCCCCGGCAGGCCCGGCUCCCACGCGGCCGCCGGGGUCCCGUCCCCCGACCGGGCGGCGGAGGAGUCCGCGUCGGCGGUGUCUUCGGACGAGGUCACGCCCGAGGUGCCCGACUCCGAGCCGGCCCCGGUGGGGCAGCCCGGCCCGCCGCCCCUGCUGCCCUGCGAGGACGCGGCCGACAGCGGGCCGGAGCGGAGCCUCCCGCUGUCCCGGGGCGCCUCGGGGUCCCGCCGGCGCUCCGCCGUCUGGAAGCACUUCUACCUGUCGCCGCUGGACAGCUCCAAGGCCGUGUGCAUCCACUGCAUGAACGAGUUCAGCCGCGGCAAGAACGGGAAGGACCUGGGCACCAGCUGCCUCAUCCGGCACAUGUGGCGCGCGCACCGCUCCAUCGUACUGCAGGAGAACGGGGGCGGCCCUGGCAUCCCGCCCCUCUACUCCUCGCCCCCCACGCUGCUGCCCGCCCUGCCGCCGCCGGAAGGGGGGCCGGGCUCCGCCUCCUCAUCCCCGGGGAAGCUGGCCCCGGGGUCCCCCUCCACGUCCUCCUCUCCGGACCGGCUGCCGGAGGACCUGCCCUCGCGGCUGAGUCCCGGGGAGGCGCUGGCGGAGGGUGGGUCCGCGCUGUCCUCCCCGGAGGACGUGGGCGAGGACGCCUCCCUGUGCUCCCCCGGGAAGCACCUGGGCGGCGGGCUGAGCGCGCGGGCUCUGGGCUCCGGUGCCGUGUUCCAGCAGAACAAGAAGGUGAUGAAGAGACUGAAGUCGGAGGUGUGGCACCACUUCUCCCUGGCGCCCACGGACAGCCUCAAGGCCGUGUGCAGGCACUGCAGCUGUGUCAUCAGCCGCGGCAAGAAGGGGGACGUGGGCACCAGCUGCCUGAUGCGACACCUGUACCGGCGCCACCCCCAGGUGGUCGGGACCCAGAAGGGCCUCCUCGGCGCCAGCCUGGCCAACUCCCCAUACGCCACUCUGGCAUCCGCAGAGAGCAGCGCCGCCUCCAAGUCAGCGGGCCUGCCCGCCGUGGGCACCAGAAACCACCAGGCUGCAUUCCCCGUCAGCAGCAAGAAGACCUCGAAGCUGUGGAACCACUUUUCCCUCUGCGCCGCAGACCCCACGAAGGUGGUGUGCCUGCACUGCGGCCGGACCAUCAGCCGGGGCAAGAAGCCCACCAACUUGGGCACCAGCUGCCUCCUCAGGCACCUGCAGCGCUUCCACGGCAGCGCGCUCAAGCCUGAUGGGGCCGAGUCCGGCCCCCGCGGGCCCCCCAGUGCAGACCCGCCGGGUGCCUCCUCCCUGGACGCCGCCAGCGGGAAGCUUUACGAUUCUCAUCCAGUUGCCAAAAAAAUCACGAGUCUCAUUGCCGAGAUGAUUGCACUUGACCUUCAGCCAUACUCCCUGGUCAGCAACGUCGGCUUCGCCAGGCUGCUCGAAUACUUGAAACCUCAGUACGCACUCCCCGCCCCCUCGUACUUCUCCAGGACGGCCAUCCCGGGCAUGUACGACGCCGUGAAGCAGAUCAUCCUGUCCCACCUGAGGGAGGCCGAGAGCGGCGUGGUGCACUUCACGUCGGGCAUCUGGAUGAGCACCCAGACCCGGGAGUACCUGACGCUCACUGCCCACUGGGUCAGCUUCGCGCCGGCGGCCCGGCCCCACGGCGAGCACCGGCACUGCUCCGCCCUCCUGGACGUGUCGCAGGUCGACUGUGACUCCGGCGGCGGCAGCAUCCAGAAGCAGCUGGAGGGCUGGUGGGAGGCCUGGGUGACGUCCACCGGCCUGCAGGUCGGCAUCACGGUGACCGACAACGCCAGCAUCGGGAAGUCGCUGAGCGAGGGCGAGCGCGCCAGCGUGCAGUGCUUCAGCCACACCGUGAGCCUCAUCGUGGGCGAGGCCAUCAAGGGCCAGCGCAUGGUGCAGACCCUGCUCAGCACCGCGCGCAAGAUCUGCGAGCGCGUGCGCCGCUCACCCCGCGCCCGCGAGAAGCUGGCGCAGCUGCAGCGGGAGUACGCCUUGCCGCAGCACCACCUGCUGCAGGACGUGCCGUCCCGCUGGGGCACGUCCCUGCACAUGCUCGAGCGGCUGCUGGAGCAGAAGCGCGCCGUCAACGAGCUCUCGCUUGAGUGCCACUUCCGGGAGCUCCUCAGCUGCGACCAGUGGGAGGUCAUGCAGUCCGUGUGCCUCGCCCUGAGGCCCUUCGACGCUGCCAGCCGGGAGAUGAGCGCCCCCGGCUCCACGCUCAGCCAGGUCAUCCCCAUGAUCCACAUCCUCAACAGGAAGGUGGAGAUGCUUUUCGAGGAGACGAUGGGCAUCGACACCAUGCUGAAGUCGCUGCGGGAGGCCGUGGUGAGCCGGCUGGCCGCCGCCCUGCGUGACCCCAGGUACGUCUUCGCCACGCUGCUGGACCCGCGCUACAAGGCCUCGCUCUUCUCUGAGGAGGAGGCGGAGCAGCACAAGCAGGAUCUAAUCAGGGAACUCGAACUGCUGAAUUCUACCUCAGAUGACGCAUCUGUCGCCAACGGGCGCGACCCCGGCACCCCGCCGCAGGGCUCCGUCGGGGAGGCCAGCCUGUGGUCGCUCAUGGCCAAGAUGAAGAAGACGGGCCCUCGGGAGCAGGCCCGGGUGCCUGAGGACGUGGUGCUGGCCUACCUGGAGGAGGAGGUGCUGGAGCACAGCUGUGACCCCCUCACCUACUGGAACCUGAAGAAAGCGGCCUGGCCCGGCCUCUCCACGCUGGCCGUCAGGUUUCUGGGCUGCCCCCCCAGCAUCGUCCCCUCGGAGAAGCUGUUCAGCACGCCCACCGAGAGCGGCAGCUUCGGGCAGUCCAGGCUCCUGACAGAACACUUUGAGAAACUCAUCUUUCUGAAAGUGAACCUUCCCUUGAUCUACUUCCAGUAUUGAGGUGCAGACGGGCCGCCCGACUGGGGACGCUCUGCCCGCGCGGCCCGGCUCUCAGGUCCACGCGCCCCACCUCCCUCCCGCCCUCGCCGCGGCGUCUGCUUGUGCCUUAUUCCUCGUCCGUCGGGCCAGGGAGCACCAGGGAGCACGGUGUGUUUUAGCCAGUCCUCUAGACGGAGCCCGUCUCGUCCGUUAUGAAGUACGACGAUGAGGUUUUGAUUCCUAACUGUAGCUUUUUUAAAAGUUGGGGGUUAGUCUUUAGUUUUACUAGAACGGCAGAGAAGGUGGAGACACUUGCGUCCCGUAGGCUUUUUAUUCAAUGAUGUGAAAACCACGAAUCAGGUACUGUACUGUAGGUCAGGAUUGCUCUCGCGGCGACGAAACGGCCGUUGCGGCUGUCGGAUGAAAUCUGUACAUACGAGGUGGAGUUGAAGCCAUCCCGGCCGGGCAGCGACACCCCCAGAAGCGGCGCCAGCGCCGCGGUGUGGGGGGGGGGAGGGCGCCCCGCCCCGGCUUCCCCGUCACAGCAAGGCGGUCCCGGAGAGGCCCCGCGGUGCCGCCCGCCCCCGCGUCCCAGCUCCGACGCUGGCUUCUGAAACGCGUGCACUGGCCCCCCGUUUGAUGACAUGAUGCGUAAGUCCCUCCUAGGAGAGACGGCUGCGCGCCAGGAGCCGGGCGGUCACGGGGCGGUUGUGCGAACAGCCUUAGGUGCGUAGAUUUUUCCUCGCGGUAGGGAAGGCUCAGCCGCGCCCGGCGUCUUAGACCCCGCGGACGUCGGGAAGAAGUCCGGGUGGGCAGGUUCUGUGAACGGGGACGUCGUCCGGGUUUGGCUUCCACACCUAGGAGAGGGUUCGUUUUUCAAACCGAUUAAAUAUUCUGGGUGAAACGAGUCACUUGUUUCUUAUGACCUUUUAGAGAAGUGGUUUUGUUGAAAUACUGUAUCUAUUAAUCUGAAUUUGCAUUGACUAUGUUUUAGUGUAUUUAUAAAUGGUGAACUUGGUUUCAGAAAUUAAACUUUUUAUUUGCAAUUUUCUACUGCAGAGGAGCACUGGCUCUUUAUUCUUAGGGCCCAACGUGUUGAAACCACAUUCCCGGGGCACGAGGGGCUCCACCUGAGCCCCUGGGGUCACGGGUGCGGGGCUCCCCUGAAAGCCCGUCUUGUUUCAGUGAACACUUGUCAUCUGUCAGCGAGAAGCUGCUUUUCCUUUAGGGUCCCGUGUCCCUUCCCUCCCGCUCCUGUGCGCGAGGCAGCAGCUGGUCUCAGACCAGCCCUCCCUCAGGAACUGCCAAGGCCAGGUGACACCCAUUUUUAAGGAGAGCUCCUUGAAGGCAUAGGGGGCAUCUGAGGCUGGAGGUGGAGAUGAUCCGCGGGAGGCCAGCCCCCGGCACAGCUUCCUCUAGGACAGUUGUCGG